CUAUGCCGCGUUUGAAAUGGACUGAACCCUUCCUGCCCAUAACCGAUAUUUCGCUUGGGGAUUUAGCCUCAGUGGUAGGUUACCAGGCAGUUUUUGACAACUUACUCCUCCGGGAUAGUACUUGUUACCGGCGAUAAUGUCAGCGGUGAAGAAGGAAGACCUGCUGAGUGACGUAGAGCCUCUGCCUGCAUCCCCGAGUGCAUCGCCUCCUCCCUCCUUCCUGCCCCCAUCCCUGGCAGAGGCCUCUCGUUCGUUGUCAGAGAAAUGGCAGCCGUCCCUGGCUCAUUCCUGGCCCACGUCACCCCUCUCCACCCUGCCCCCCUCCAGCCAGGUCACUGCCCGACUCUAUGCCUCACUGAAGAGCAGCGAGAAGCUGGGCGUGGCUGGUCUGACUGGUCGCCUUGUCACUGACCCCACAGAGAGAUCCAGACAGGUGACUUUCAGCCUCUCAUCGCCCAGUCUGACCAGUGACAUUUCUGCUGCGUGGAUGAAGGCUACCCCUGCACACUUUCUGGGACAGCUGGAGGAGCCAGAGGGGGCCGAAUCCAGCACCCCAGCUUCCCUCUCCCCCAACAUUGGUGACCCUGCUGAGGGGACUGUGAGAGCAAUAGAUGAAGACUUGGAGCUGGGGGAGCUGGCAGAGAAGAUGAGCCAUAGUCUACAGACCAGUGUGGACAACAGCUCUGCCUCAGUACUGAAUGGCAGGGAGCACAUCCAGGACAUGGAGAGCGUACGGCGUCACCUGCAGACCAUGCUGAGGGCGGGACAGGAGACCUCAGAGCAAGAGAGGGCCGCCAGCUACAUGUCUGGGUUCACUCAGCUCGACACACAGGGGAAGGACGACGAGUCCUUCGAUAGCGACGCCACCUCGCACCUACUCAGCAGUGCCCCGGUGCUGGCGUCACCCACCUUGUCCUUCAGUGGCCUGGAUGACCUCUUCCCCCGGUACUCCCGCCUGCGGUCCGACGGGGGCCCGCCGAUGUCCGCGGAGGGGCAGGUCCUGCAGGAUUGUCUGGACAGGGAGCGCACACGCCGGAAGCACUGCGAGAGGCAGGUCCGUGCCUUACAGAACAAGGCCCUUCAGUUCCAGCAGCAGCUGGCCCUGGCCACAUCCGCCGACAGGAAGAAGAAUGUCAUGAUUGAGCAGCUAGACAAGACUCUGGCCAAAAUGGUGGCGGGCUGGAGGAGACACGAGCAGGAGCAGAGUGAGAGAAUUGGGAGGCUGCAUGAGGAGAAGGAGGCGGCACAGAAGACCCAGGCCAAGCAGCAGGAGGCAUCUCUGCGCUUGGAGCAGUCCCUCUCCCAGGCUGUCGAGACGAUGGACAGGGAGCAGAAGCACGGAGAGGAGCUGAGGAGCACCAACCAGCUGUUGGAGCGGCAGCUGGCUGACCUCCGCGCACGGCUGGAGGAGCAGGGCCGGAGGAGGGAACGUGAGCUGGAGGAGGCGCGCAGGGAGGUCCAGGAAACGCAUAGCACUUUGUCCCAGCACAGGGAGGCCUGGAGCAGUAGGGAGAGGGAGCUGGAGGAGCGGCUGGUGCUGCAGGCUGCUGAGUUGGACAGGGAGAAGGCUGGCCGAGAGCAUGAGACCCAGCAGCUGAAGGAGGCUCAGCAGGAGCUGCGGGCGGCCCAAGCCAGGCUGCAACAGCUAGACGGGGAGCUGGAGGAGGCGCGCAGGGAGAGGGACGCGGCACGGAUGGACAGAGCACUGGAGCAGGCUCGCUCCGAGGCCCAGCGCUCCCACCUGGAGGUGGAGCUGAAGCUCUCGCUGGAGCAGCAGGUGACAGAGCGGCUGAUAGCCCUACAGAAGGAGAACGAGGAGAGCACGGCCUCGCUGAGGGAGCAGCACAGGAAGCAGCUGCUGGACCUCGGUGCCCAUCAGGAGAGGGAGCUGUCCAAACAGAUGGCCGAGUUCAGGGCCGAGCUGCAGGGGCGUGACGACCGACACCGGCGGCUCGCUGAAGAUUAUGAGAGGAGGCUGACCCUAAAGCAGGAGGAGGUGCAGAGUUUGGAGAGCAGCAAGAGGAAGCUGGAGGCCCAGAGGGCGGAGCUGGUGUCUCGCCUGCAGGAACUAUUGCGCUCCCAUUGGACGGAAGCACUCAGGCUGCUGGCCAAUCAGAACCAGGUGGGGCCCCCCCCCUCACCCCCUCCAAGCAGCAGGGUGGAGCUGCCGGUGAUGUCGGACCGGGAGCUGGAUCAGGCCGGCUCAUUGUUACAGCAUGUGCCAGACCCCCACCAAGACCCCUCACAGCCCCUUGAGUUCAUGAUGUCCAGGGAGACGCCUCACACGAGACUGGAGUCACCCCCCCACAAAGCUCUUGGCUCUCGCGCCCCCCAGCCGGACCUGAGCAGCCUGUUUAACCACAGCAGCUCCUUCUGCCCCCUGGAGCCUCAGUUGGAUGACACAGCGAUCACAGCUGGAGGCUGUGACCUGGAGGAACUUUGCGAGAAACCCCUGGCCAAAGAGAGGCAUGCAGCUCCAGGGCUGGAGCGAGGGCUUCCAUGGAAGGGCAGAGAGAACAGGAGGCCUGCGGGGGUCCAUGACAUGGAGAGCGGCAGAGAGGAGCGCUCUGGGGACAGAGUGACCCGGGAUGCCCGCUUGUCCUCCCUCCAGGGGCAGGCCGGUUACCAUGGAGACGGAGGCAGACUGAGUCAGACAGGGUACUGUGCAGAGGGGGGUGUCUCUCUGGGAAUCAGCACAGAGAGGGACAGACAUUUGGGGGGGAGUGGACACAGUGCCCCUAGUGGCAGGGAGGUUGUUUCGCAGAAGGAUACCAGGCUGGACCUGAGCGUAGGUAGUGUGGUGGCACAGGGCGAACACCACGCCGGACUGGAGCACUACAGGUCGGGCGUCCUGGGUUACAGCUCAUGGGGGCCACAGCUGGGAGAGAGUGGGGGGCCCAGGUCCAAUUGGGGGGCCCCUGAAGGUACCCAGUACAACACUGCACUGGGAAGUGGUUUAGAGCGUGUAGUGAUUCCCGGUCAUUCUGGCACCAGCCAGUACCUGGAGAGGAGUGCAGAGAACCAACCAGGGACCCCAGCACAUACAGGCAGGCCGGGGGGGCAGGACGAGUACAGACAGGCCCAGCUGCAGUACUACAUCAGCAAGCUGCUGGAUCGCUGCCCUGGCGAGCCCCUGGAUCUGCCCAUCUCGGGCAGCGGGCAUCACUCUGUGACAUCUGGUUCCGGCCCAGCUCAGACCGGUCUGCAGGCACCCUGGGAAGGUGAGGGUGACCCUCAACCCCCGGCGCCCCCCAUGGUCACCCUCAGUAGACCCCUGUCUUUGGCCGUCACCAAAACCAAGCUGCGAGCCUCUCCCCCGUAUCAGCAGUCGGCCGGCAGGCCUGAGUCCGGUCCCCUCCCUCAGAGUGACUCGGACCCCACCAAAGGCUCCCUGGCCGGGCAGCAGCUGGCCCAGGUCACGCGGCUCCUGUCGGAGUACCAGGCCCAGCCGGAUUCGGCCAUGCCCUCUCUGGAGAAGCUCCUCGCCCAGCUCCUCUCCGCUCAGGCCGACAGCGCUUCAAUACAGCACCUGCAGCAGACCCUGACUGAACAGAAGGAGGUCGGCAUGAUGGCUAUGCGGAGGAGAAGCCAGCCCCAGCGGCCCACGGAGGGAGGCAGGAGCCAGGGCCAGGGCCCCAGGGGCAGGAGAGGCGGCCCCCAAGCCCACAGGGCAUCUGUCACCCGGGGCAGCGCGUGGAGGUGACAGGGGACAAGAAGCCACCUCUGGAGGAGGCGGGCAGCUCUCAGCGUUUUCCGUUUGCUCACGUGCCAGAGCUUCCAGAUGGUUCUGUGCUGGUGGAACUGGUGCAUUCUUGGGAGCUGCUGAUGCUGUGUGCUACGCAGAGGGAACAACAACGGAUUUAAAGUCAACUUUGUCACUGCGCAGCCUGGACUGAAAGACGGCUAAAUCGAGAUGAAAUCAACAGCCUGCUCUUUUAACCAAAGUUUUAAAACAAACCUUUUGUUACAUGCUAUAUGUCUUUGAUUUUUUUGUACAGAUGUCUCUUGAAGAUCGCAUUGUGCCAUGCAGUCAUUAAAGGUCUAGUUUUCCUACA